GCGGCCCACGGGAUGUCGGCUCCGGCCAGACGGGCGGACACGAGGUGGGCUCCAGGAGGAGGCCCAGCCUCGUGCUUUCUGUGCCGUGCUGCGCGCACAUGGGGACCUGCGGGGUAUCCCCACGUGGUCCCGCCGGGUCUGGAAGGGGCGGGGUUGUUACCACGGGAAAGAACUUCAUGGGAAGACCAAAGGUAGUGAGGUUAAGGUCUGACUUAAAAAAAAAAAAAAGUUAAAGAUCCUCCCCCGAAUUUGGAUUCAGGCGACAGUGUAGGAUGUGGUGCCAGAAUUUACCAAAGGCUUUUUUUCAGGUGUAGUUCCCCGCCCUCGGUGAAGGGCUACAGAUCGUUGGCCGUUAAAAUUGGCCAGUUGUAGUCUAUUAAAUUCACGUCUGAGGCUGGUAAAAAUCAAAGUGACCCCAAGAAAAUGGCUCCUCCCCCAAAGGAGGUAGAAGAAGACAGUGAAGAUGAGGAAAUGUCAGAAGAUGAAGAUGAUGAUAGCAGUGGAGAAGAGGUUAUCAUUCCUCAGAAAAAAGGCAAGAAGGCUACCACAACUCCAGCAAAGAAGGUGAUGGUUUCCCCAACAAAAAAAGUCACAGUUGCCACACCGGCCAAGAAAGCAGUUGUCACCCCUGGCAAAAAGGCAGCAGCUACACCAGCCAAAAAGACGAUUGCGCCGGCCAAAGCAGUAGCAACACCUGGCAAGAAGGGGGCCACACCCGGCAAGGCAUUGGUAACAACCCCUGGUAAGAAAGGAGCAGCCACCCCAGCCAAGGGAGCAAAGAAUGGUAAGAAUGCCAAGAAGGAAGACAGUGACGAGGAAGAUGAUGAUGACAGUGAAGAGGAGGACGAGGAGGAUGAGGAUGAAGAUGAGGAUGAAUUCGAGCCAGCGGUGAUGAAAGCAGUUGCUGCCGCCCCCGCCUCAGAUGAUGAGGAGGAGGAUGAUGAGGAGGAGGAUGAAGACGAUGAGGAGGAGGAUGAAGAUGAGGAUGAAGAUGACUCUGAAGAAGAAGCUAUGGAGACUACACCAGCCAAAGGGAAGAAAGCCCCUGCAAAAGCUGUUCCUGUGAAGGCCAAGAGCACAGCUGAGGACGAAGAUGAAGAGGAUGAUGAUGAGGAUGAAGAUGAGGAGGAGGAGGAUGAGGAAGAUGAGGAUGAUGAUGAGGAAGAAGAUGAGGAGGAGGAGGAUGAGGAAGAAGAGGAAGAGCCUGUUAAAGAAGCACCUGGAAAACGAAAGAAGGAAAUGGCCAAACAGAAAGCAGCUCCAGAAGCCAAGAAGCAGAAAGUAGAAGCUACAGAACCAACUACAUCAUUCAAUCUUUUUGUUGGAAACCUGAACUUCAGCAAAUCUGCCCCUGAAUUAAAAACGGGCAUCAGUGACCUUUUUGCUAAAAAUGAUCUUGCUGUUGUGGAUGUCAGAAUUGGUGUGUCUAGGAAGUUUGGCUAUGUGGAUUUUGAAUCUGCUGAAGACCUGGAAAAAGCCUUGGAACUCACUGGUUUAAAAGUCUUUGGCAACGAAAUUAAACUAGAAAAACCAAAGGGAAAAGACAGUAAGAAAGAUCGAGAUGCAAGAACACUUUUGGCUAAAAAUCUGCCUUACAAAGUUACUCAGGAUGAAUUAAAAGAAGUAUUUGAAGAUGCUGCGGAGAUCAGAUUAGUCAGCAAGGAUGGAAAGAGUAAAGGGAUUGCUUAUAUUGAAUUUAAGACCGAAGCUGAUGCAGAAAAAACCUUGGAAGAAAAGCAGGGCACAGAGAUAGAUGGGCGGGCUAUCUCCCUGUUCUACACCGGAGAGAAGGGUCAAAGUCACGACUCUAGAGGCGGCAAGAAUAGCACUUGGAGUGGUGAAUCAAAAACACUGGUUUUAAGCAACCUCUCUUACAAUGCAACAGAAGAAACCCUUCAGGAAGUAUUUGAGAAGGCAACUUUUAUUAAAGUGCCCCAGAACCAAAAUGGCAAAUCUAAAGGGUAUGCGUUUAUAGAAUUUGCUUCAUUUGAAGAUGCUAAAGAAGCUUUAAAUUCCUGUAAUAAAAGGGAAAUUGAGGGCAGAGCAAUCAGACUGGAGUUGCAAGGACCCAGAGGAUCACCUAAUGCCAGAAGCCAGCCGUCCAAAACUUUGUUUGUCAAAGGUCUGUCUGAGGAUACCACAGAAGAGACGUUAAAGGAGUCGUUUGAUGGCUCUGUUCGGGCAAGGAUAGUCACUGACCGGGAGACUGGGUCUUCUAAAGGGUUUGGUUUUGUAGACUUCAACAGUGAGGAAGAUGCGAAAGCUGCCAAGGAGGCCAUGGAAGAUGGUGAAAUUGAUGGAAACAAAGUUACUUUGGACUGGGCCAAGCCUAAGGGUGAAGGUGGUUUUGGAGGCCGUGGUGGAGGCCGAGGUGGCUUUGGAGGCCGAGGUGGUGGCAGAGGAGGCCGAGGUGGAUUUGGUGGCAGAGGCCGGGGAGGCUUUGGAGGGCGAGGAGGCUUCCGAGGAGGCAGAGGAGGAGGGGGAGACCACAAGCCACAAGGAAAGAAGACGAAGUUUGAAUAGUUUCUUCCAUCCCUCUGUCUUUCCCUCUUCUGUUUGAAAGAAAAGGACUCUGGGGUUUUUACUCUGUUACCUGAUCAAUGACAGAGCCUUCUGAGGACAUUCCAAGACAGUACAGUCCUGUGGUCUACUUGGAAAUUCGUAUAGAUAACAUUUCAAGGGAGAUACCCUGUUGGUUUUGACUGGAUAUUCAUAUAAACUUUUUAAAGAGAUGAGUGAUAGAGCUAAUCCUUAUCUGUAAGUUUUGAAUUUAUAUUGUUUCUUCCCAUGUACAAAACCAUUUUUUUCCUACAAAUAGUUUUGUUUUUGUUUUUUUGCGUUGGGGGGCGUAAAGGAAAGCGGAAUGUUUUAUCAUGAUUUUUGCUUCAGCAACUUUGGGACAAAUUAAAAGUCCUAAACUCUG